AUGAAUGUUGUGAAACUAAACGGGAUUAAAGUCUACAACUUAACACCUGAAAGAUCAUUGCCGGAAUGGGCGUCGCGAGCAGAGAAACGAAGUCUCCUAAAAAAAGAUCCUGGUGCCGCAACUCACAUUGAGUUAAUCCACGAGUUGGAAAUGCCGGAUGCGUCGACGUACAUAACCUGUUCACCGGAUCAGAAAUAUUUGUUCCUCCUUGGCAGGUAUAAGCCUCGUGUGCGGUGUUAUGAAUUGAAAAAUCUCUCGUUAAAAUUUGACCGUUGUGUCGACUACCUGCCAACUCGUAUGACUUGUCUCAGUGAGGAUUAUUCAAAAUUUGCACUUUUGGAGGAAGAACGAUGGGUGGAUGUGCAUGCAGCUGGCGGCCACCACUUUCGUUUUCGCGUUCCCCGACCUGGAGUCGAUAUUCAUUAUGCUCCUUCUAAAUGCCAUCUUCUAAUCACAGCUGCUGCCAAUGCAAUUUUCCGAAUGGAUUUAUGUGAAGGUAGAUAUGCUACACCAUUAGCGUCGCCAUCUCUUUCAGAUACUGAUGGCUUCAACGCGAGUUGUUUCAUGCCGGAACUUGAUGUGCUUCUUUCAGGCUCAACCGCAGGCUAUGUGCAGGGGUGGGAUUUGCGAAGCAGUGAGUGGACAUUCAACCUAGAUAUCUGUUCCGCAGCGCCCAGGCCAUCCGAAAUGGCUGUGUUUUCACGCGCAGCCUGCACUACUUUUACACACAAAGACGCCCUCAAUUUCGCUGUUGGUACGAGUGAGGGACUUGUGCAUAUAUUCGAUGUCCGGCAAACAAAGCAACCUUGGCAUACUAGAGAUACAGAAUACAGACGACCUAUUAAGACGGUUUGUUUCCAUGAAGAUAAAGUGUUAGCCAUUGUGGCUCAUUGUCUAAAAAUUUGGAAUGUUGAAACAGGGAGCAUGUUCGUCGGUUUUGAAACUGGACCCAUCGAACUUAAUUGGAUGUAUCACUUUCCGAAUAGUGGUCUUAUAAUGAUCGCAAACGAGUCACCUAAAGUUUCGCGUUAUUUCAUUCCCCUGCUCGGUGAGGCACCUUACUGGUGCAGUUCCCUUGAUCAACUCAUUACAGAGCUGGAGCCCGACGUAAGAACGAUGUACGAUGGGUACAAGUUCUUGACUCGUCAGCAACUGCUUGAAUUCGGUAUGAUGGACUUAGUUGGCACUCGCUUCCUACGGGCUUACAUGCAUGGGUACUUUGUCUCUAAUCAACUUUUCUUGAAAAUCCAAGAGAAGCUCGAUUCAGCUACUUCCCGUGCAAAACUGGUUGCCUCUACUAAAAACACAAAGCUGACUGUGACAAAAGAGGAUAGACAAGCGGUAGCUGCAAUGGAGUUGGAGGAGGCCGCGGAAGACGAACGAUUUGCCAAACUUAAGCUCCCCAAAAUGGCAUGCGAUGUUGUCAAUGCAGAAUCGGACCUUAUUCGGAUUCACCAAUCUCGACUAGAAAAGAAACGUCAGAAAAAGGAACUU